AUGGACAAUAGGCUUCAUGAACUUCGACAUUAUCUCGCAAAUUAUACUCCUCGAAUUGAUGCUUAUUAUCUUCCAAGAACCGAUGCUCAUCAAAAUAAAUAUAUACGUGAGCGAGACAAUUAUGUCAAGUUCUUUUCUGGAUUUUCCGGGUCUGAAGCAGAAAUAUUAGUAACAAAAGACGAAGCGAUAUUAUGGACCGAUGGUCGAUACUUUAUACAGGCUGAACUGGAACUAUACGAUGAUUGGGAUUUGAUGAAAAAAGGAUUAUGUGAAAUGUCACCUAUAGAUUGGUUGAUUUCCAUCAUGCCUGAUCGUUCUCACAUUGCUUUCGAUUCUAUAUUAAUGACUUGUGAGGAUGCUUUAAAAUUUAUCGAUAUUCUCACUAAAGCUGGUUUUCAUGUCACAGCUCUACGAAAGGAUUUUUUUGCAGAAAUUUGGCUGGAUCGACCGCUUGAGCCAACUCAUCCGAUUUCUUUGUUGCAUAUUUCUGAUCACGGAUUGGACUCAAGUUCUAAAAUUUCAACUGUUUACUCUAUAUUAGGGAAGAAAAAGUGUUCGUCAGCGAUUUUUACAAGUCUUGAGGAAAUUGCAUGGUUAUUAAAUAUUCGAGGUGCAGAUAUACCGUUUACUCCUGUAGUAUUUUCAAUUGUCAUAUUGGCUCACAACGGUGCACAUUUAUUUAUUGAUCUUAGGAAAUUGGAUGAGGGAACUCGUAGAUACCUAGAAAAAUAUGUAACAAUCCAUGAAUAUGAUGAAGCUAUUGAAUGGAUAAUUGACUGGAAUACAAGAACAAGUCGACUCAAUUUACAUAAGGUAAUACUAGUUGUUCAAGUGAAUUUUUUUUUACAGGUUUUUCUUCCAUCAAAUAUUAAUUAUCUAUUGGCUUCAAUUAUUGGACCUGAAAAUUCGAUUAUUGACCAAUCUCCGAUCCAAAAACUUAAGGCAGUCAAAAAUGAGACUGAAUUGGAAGGAAUGCGGCAUGCAAAUUCUCGUGACAGUCGAGUUGUCAUUGAAUUUUUACAUGGCAUUAGCACUGCGAUCGGAAAACCAAAUGGCGACAAAAUCACUGAGUUAUCGAUGAUUGAAUACAUUGAUAAUUUACGGUCGAAAGCAUUUUCUUUUCUUGGUCUUAGUUUCGCUACUAUUGCGGCUGUUGAUGACCAUGCUGCUUUACCUCAUUAUCACGCAAGUGCGAAAACUGGAAAACGUGAAGUAACUAAGGACAGUAUUUGUUUAGUUGAUUCUGGUGGUCAUUAUAUUGAUGGUACUACUGAUGUCACUCGUACUUUCACCUUUUCUGACAGAGUCGAUGAUGAAUUCAAGCAUAUGUUCACAUUAGUGUUAAAGGGUCAUAUUGCUGCAGCUUCACUUGUGUUUCCUAAGUUUACGAAUGGUAUGCGUAUUGAUAUGAUAGCGCGUCAGUAUCUAUGGGCAGAAGGUUAUGAUUUUAUACAUGGUGUUGGACAUGGUGUUGGCCAUGCAUUAAACGUUCACGAAGGGCCGGUGCAAAUUUCGUAUCGAAAUUAUAAUCCAUGUGGUGCAAUAGAGAAAGGAAUGGUAUUGACAAUUGAACCAGGUUUUUAUUUGGAAGACGAAUGGGGGAUCCGCAUAGAAAAUUGUUAUGAAGUAGUUAGUGCCGAAAAUCUUCGUUCCGGUUCUAACGAUUAUGUGGCCUUCCGACCUUUGACUCUAGUGCCGAUACAAACUUCUUUAAUAAAGAAGGAUCUUUUAACCACUUCUGAGAUUACAUGGAUCAAUGAAUAUCAUCAAAAAUGUUUACAUGAGCAUUCUUAUCACUUCAAAGCUGAGAACAAAUUGGAUAUUUUACAGUGGUUGGAAAAUGCGUGCAAACCUAUAUGA